AUGUCCGCGACUUCUUCGUCCCGGCACUUGAUAUUUUACGAAAAGAAUACGCUUGGCUGUUGCCGGAGAUGUUAUGUCCAUUUUCGGAGUACAUUGGUUCGCUGGCCCGUCGUUCUCUCAACCGGUUUGUGUAUUCUAAUAAAACUAUAUUUAGAUAAAAAAAAACUAACGCAACCUAUCGAUUCUUUUAGAGUAUUCAGCGUAUCAACAGCGGUGCUUGCGGCCGGGCCACCUGCAGAGGGCACCGACCUGCCGGUUAAUCUCGUGGGGCGCAAGUCCUCACAGGGACUGGGUAUUGCAGUAGACCCGCGUGACGACACCAUCAUCUUCAGCCCGAUUGCUGAGACAGCUAUUGCUGCUUGGAACCCUAUCACUAACACUCACAAAGUACUAGCACAAGAUCCGGAGAAGCUGCAGUUCUGCGCCGAAGUUCGGUGGGCCGAGCGUGAUAACGGUGCCGUGUGGGCACUUUCCACGCGCUUCCACAAGUACUUCAAAAGAACCGUCUCGAAGCACGAGAUCAACGUGCGCGUUGUUCGCGUGGUAGAGAGCGGUUACGUGUCAUUAACGCCACACGUGAUUCGCCGCUCCGCCAGAUUCAACUCUACUCUCUUCUAGAACCAUCGUAGUAAACGCAUGAGCCUAUCUAAUAGACGCCACAUAUAGCUGGUACCUACAGGUUACAAUGUCUGACAGAAAAAAAAA